GGGUCGGUAUAUAAAUCGGAAGGAUUAUGGAAUGGCCGGAACCUAAUAAGGCCUCCAUCACGUAUUUCUGUUACGAACCCUGGUCUACCUUUAGCAAUAACUACAUUGUCAGGCCUUGUAGUAGAUAGCUUUGAGUUUCUGUAACUGACCAUUUGCUUGGAAGAAUUAUCAGUUACCUCAUGCUCAGUGACAUUGUCAGCCAUAUCCUGAUUCAGUACACUUUGAAAGUAAACUUCUUCGGCAUAUCGCUGUGCGGCUUGUUUUGCCACAGCAAAUCCACAGUGUACUGAACGCCUAAUCUUUCUCAUGUAAGACUCAAAAGGAAAUGCUGCGAACGAUUCUAAAGUACCAUGUUCAUUAACGUCGUCUGCAAUGUGCUUUAAACUAUGCACAUUGUAGAUUAAAUGUUCGGUACCGUAACACCUUUCGUAACCUAAUAAAAAGUUAUUAAUGUAAACCCUAACACUGUUAGCGAAUGUGCUAUGAAACUUAGGGUGCGAUAAUAAAUAAAUAGACAAGGAGAGUGACUGGAAGUUUCUGUACAUUGAUAGUGGUAACCUAUUAUGAAGAACUACAGGUCCUAAAUAUAAUAAUAACAACCGACAUUCAGUUGCUUUCCAUACAGAAACUUCAUUAAGUGAACGACAUUUCCGUUGAAAAUCUACGCGUAGAUGACCGACGUCGUCUCCUUUGCCUAGGUUGUGUUGGCGAGUUAGAAGUUGUAUGCUCUUCGGAAGAAUGAUUAUUACUAUCAUCAUCUACAUCCUAAACGCAAGCAUCUGACUCUGACAAACUGCGUUUACGUCCAUAUGUACAGACAUAACUCUUUGCAUACUUACAUAACGUACUUAAUAUGCGUAUACUAAAAAAAAUAUUAUUAACCACAGAAGUCAUAUUACCUAUAUUAUGCAUCAUCACGAUGGCAUCGUCUUCGUUACUUGAAGAAUGAACGUUAACAGACAUGGUGUGGCUGAACUCAAUUGAAAUCCAAAAAUGUCUUGAUUUGACCGCUUCUAAAAAUUUUCACGAAUCGUCGAUGUGACGCACCAAUCAUAUUGCGACAGAUUGACCUUCAAGUGCCCGCAACCCCCAUCAGUGGACGAUACCCCAGGAGCGUUGUCCUAGUCUUGCUGGCAUUCUUUUUACUCCCCAUCGUUUAUUGUGACUUUAAAUUAAGUGAUUCAAAGCUCCUUCUGCCUUACUACAGUGUUAAUCCCGUGAAUUACACUCUACAUGGUAGCGAGGGGGCUUGCUAUGAAUGGCAUUCGGGCACACCGGAGGUAGCAGUAGUAAGCCCAAUAGUAUCAUCUGAGAAUGGCUGCUCUUCUGCUGCUGUUAUAACUGCGGUCUGGCAAUCACGGCACAGGGCUGUGGCCACCAUAUAUGCCAAAAUAAUUAAUGCUGAUCACAUUGUUAAGUGUGAUGUAAUCGUUGACGACAUACAUCGGAUCGAAAUCGCCACUACCACACAAGAGCUUUAUCUGCAUAAUACACCAGUUUCUCUUGUAGUAACUGCUUAUGAUGAAUAUGGCAAUACCUUCACGUCACUUGAAGGUGUACCAUUUGAGUGGCGUAUAUUUGAAGACAAAUAUGAAGAGUUCGGAGACAUUCAAGGUGUAUUAAGAUUUAUCACGUGGAGGGAGUCGGAAUAUACAACUCCAAGUACAAUGGCUUUACUUGAGUCGAAAGGAAUGCAGGGCUACAUGCAACUAAUAAGUGGUUUGCGUACUGGCUCUGCGGUCGUUAGUGUGGCUCUUCAUGAGUCUAUUUACAAAAGUGUAUUACCCAGUCAGGUUCGUCUUCUCGUUAUGGCUAAUGCCCAAUUGAGCCCAGCACUAGCCUAUCUUGUCCCAAAUUCCUUGCUGACUUUCACCGUACACGUUAUUCAACAAGGUGAUGACCAGGAGGUCGCCAUGCCAUCUUUACAAUACCACUUGCAGGUGAAUGAUACGAACUUGGCUGUUCUUAGCCCACUUGAUGGUUCAACUCUUAAAGCUCUAAAUUAUGGUCAAACUGAAGUUACACUUCUUGAUCGAAAUGUCGAAGAAGCCCUAGAAAAAUUGGACGAGGUUUUAAACUCUAAAGUCGAUGAUUCAGAUCUUCGUCUGCCAAAACGAAGACGUCCAACUUCACUCAUACAGAUUGUAGAGCCAGCCUAUCUGGGUUUUACACUCAUUCAAAAGUCUACCAAUAAAAAGCCAGAUAUAUGCCAACUGGCUUCAUUUUUAAACUCAGGGUCAUAUGGUAAUCAGGUUGCAUCCGGUUCUUAUAUGCCUAUUCGAAGAUGGAUUAUGGAGUCAGGGAAAGUUUAUGUCAUCAAUCUAGAUAUAUAUGAUCGUAAUAACCACCGUUUAUAUCCUUCAGACAAUCUGCGACUGUCUCUUUAUUUUCCAGAAAGCCAUUUUGAGAGAUGUUUCAGUCAUAUUACAAUCAAAACUCUAGGAAUAGGAAGUUUCUUGAUUAUAUUAUUGUUUACAUUAUAUCAUCUGUCAAUUCCACCUAAGAUACACAUAUAUAAUUCAGACCAUAUCCAAAUAAAACGACACAUUGCUAGUCAUGUUUGUGAAUAUCUUUUCAAGAACUCUACUAUGAAUCACAGUCAUGAAAUUUCUGACAGUAAUCAAUCAUUGUGGAAUGACAGAAGUUUCAGUUUAUCAAAUCCAUACAGUUGCAAACAGUUCAAGUUGUUCUAUGGUCAUACUGUUAAUUUGUCAAAGGAAGAAGAACAAUUUCCACUGGCAUUCAGUAUAGCUAUACAUCAAAGCAAUAAACAAGUAUCUCGUCUCCUUCGUUUGAUCUAUAGACCACAUAAUUUAUAUUGCAUUCAUGUAGAUUCGAAAUCUCCGCAAACAUUCUAUGAUGAAGUUUUAAAUUCUGCUAAAUGUUUCGGUCCUAACGUUAUAGUGGUUAAUAGAUCAGAAAGUGUAAAUGUUCAAUGGGGUUAUUUUUCCGUACUUGAAGUGUUUCUUUUAUGUGCGGAUAAAUUAUUAAAUAAUACUGACUAUAUGUGGAAAUACAUUCUAAAUCUAACUGGGCAAGAACUGCCUUUAAGAACAAACUGGGAGUUGGUUGCAGCACUGAAAGCUAUAAAUGGUUCGAAUGUUGUAGAAGGUCUAGGUCCUCGGUUUAACCGUAAUAGAUGGCCUAAUAAGAAAUUUGAAUUUCCUAUUGUUUGGAAUAAAGGAAGUUUCUAUAUGGCAUUAAAACGAGAAUUAAUACAAUUUUAUAAAACUGAUUCAAAGUCACAAAAAAUACUUGAUGCAAUCAAAGCUGAGAAACAUUUACGAAAGCAUCCAGAUGAAUUAUAUUUUCCUACAUUAAAUUAUAAUCCCCAAUUUGGUGCACCUGGUGCUUGUAUAAAUAAUAAUAAUUCAUCAUCUCCAUUUAUAGCACGUUAUGUAAUUUGGGGCAUGAAAAAAUGCGUUAGUCAAUACACUCGUCGAUCUGUAUGUAUAAUUGGUAAAGCUCAUCUAUCAUUUAUACCAUCAAGAAUGGAGUUUUUUGUAAAUAAAUUUCAAGAAGAUUUUCAACCAAUUGCAUACGAUUGUAUAGAAUAUUAUAUUAUGAAUAAAGUAAUCAAAGAAAUGCAAACAAAACAAUUAGAUCCAAAUUUCAAUGUAACAUUUUAUUCUAGACUGCAUUGUUCUAGUAAUCAUAUUUAAUACUGAAUCAUUAAUUUCUAUUCAUCAAUAUUUGUUCCUGUAAAGUUCUAUUAUCCAUAAGAGUUAAAUAUGUCAUUUCUUAUUCUUGUUUUGAUCAAUGAUUUCGAUAAUGUAAUAAGAAGACAAAGAUUAUCAGAAUUAUGUAAUAUAUUAGCGUAAUGCAUUUUGAACAAUCUUAUUACAUUAUCGAAAUUUAUCAAAAGGACUAAUUGCUUUAACCAAUGAUUACUUUAUUUUGGGUAAAUUUGUAUAAUUUUCGUAACUAAGAUUAAAUCAUAUUGGUGAUAUAUUGAAUAAUCAAGACAUUUACUGCAAAAUUAAACAUUUAAUGUUUUGUUUAAACUUAUCAUAAUAAUACAAUACAAUUUCAUAUUGCAUACUUC